AUGAUUUGGGAAAAUGUGAUCACUGCCCUAACUGCCACUUUACAUCGAAAACAGAAAGGGAAUGCCACCAGUCAUUUCACUGGCGCCAAAAAUUCAGUAACAAAGGCCAAGAAGCUUUGUUUACAACAUAUGUUAAGCUAUGUUUGGAAGUUUGUCAUCUCUCAAUCGUCACAAAAAGGAAAAAAACACGAAGGAAAAAGAGAUCAAGGAAGAAAACGUAAGAACACUGAAGCCCCUUACGAAAGAAAGACCAAAGCUCGUACCAUACAAGAUAUGCUGAGAGCAAAUCUGAUGAUUAAAAUCGAAGAUGAUGCAGAUGACUCCGACGAAGAUUGUUUACCACCUCAGUGA